AUGCCUCCCAUGAACCGAAAUCGUUCUUCUCCUUGUAACAAGAGAAAUAAAAGAAUAUCGAUGUUACAGGAACGUCCCUAUACCGGUAUCGGUAUUGGUAUCGUAAUUAAAGUAUCGAUAACAGCCAAGUAUUGUCAGCUAGAAUUAAAACCUGGUGGAGAAUCGAUGGAAAAAUACACGACUGCAGAAUCGGCAAAUAUGGAAGGAACAGCAGAAGAUUAUGAAAGAUUAAGCACCACUUUAAUCCUUCGCUACGUAGAAUCAGCUUUGGAUUUACACUUUCCAGACAUGAAAUGGUCUGAUGAGGAUAUCAUUUUGGAUAUUGGAUGCGGUACAGGAAGAACCACCAAAAAUAUUCUUCUACCAAAAUGUCCAAAAUUUAAAAAAAUCGUUGCUAUCGACAUAAUGCCUGAAUACAUCGAAUAUGCCAGAAAAAAAUAUUUCGACAAAAGAAUUGAAUACGAGACACGGGAUAUCCUCCAAAGACCAAAUGUUAAAGAAGUGAAAAGAUAUGACAAAAUCGUAUCCUUCUACGUAUUUCACCGGAUAUCCGAUUUCAAAAAACUCUUUUCUGUUAUAUCUUCGAUUUUAAAGCGCGGAGGAUAUUUUUCGUUCACUUUCUUCAUUAGAAAUCCAUUAUUUUCCAUUUUGCGAGAAAUAAGUAAUAUCGAUGAAUGGACGAAGAUCAUAAAGAGACGACAUAUACUUGAUGAACUUCCACCUUUUCUUAAGUGGAAGGAUGUAGAAACAGAAUUUAGUAAUUUCCUUUCAAAAUUUGGUCUGCGAGUGACAAGUACUAAUUGUGAAGUCUUCGACGUGUUAUAUGCCAACAAAAAAGCAUAUUUGGGCAAAUAUGGAAGGAACAGCAGAAGAUUAUGA